GCGAGAAAAGCGAACCUAACCCGUCGGGGCCGCUGCUCCGGACCCGCCGCCGCCGCCGCCGCCGCCGCCGCCGCCUCCUCCCCCCGGAUCGGGUGUACUGUCCCAACCCGAAAGUCCAGUUCUGCGGCCCGGCAGCGGCGAGCGAGCGCGAUGACACAGGAGUACGACAACAAACGGCCGGUGUUGGUUCUUCAGAAUGAAGCACUUUAUCCACAGCGGCGCUCCUAUACAAGUGAAGAUGAAGCCUGGAAGUCUUUCCUGGAAAACCCGCUCACUGCAGCAACCAAAGCGAUGAUGAGCAUCAAUGGAGAUGAAGACAGUGCAGCUGCACUGGGCUUACUCUACGACUAUUACAAGGUUCCGAGAGAGAGAAGAUCAUCCACAGCAAAACCAGAUGUUGAGCACCCAGAGCCAGAUCACAGCAAAAGAAACAGCAUCCCCAAUGUGACUGAGCAGCCGCUCAUCUCCGCUGGAGAAAACAGAGUGCAAGUUCUGAAGAAUGUGCCUUUCAACAUCGUCCUUCCCCAUGGCAACCAGCUGGGCAUUGAUAAGAGAGGCCACCUAACCGCUCCUGACACGACAGUCACGGUCUCCAUAGCGACGAUGCCCACCCACUCCAUCAAGACAGAAACCGAGCCCCACAGCUUUGCUGUGGGGAUUCCGCCGGCAGUGUACCAUCCCGAGGCCACCGAGCGUGUGGUGGUCUUUGACCGGAACCUGAGUACUGACCACUUCAGCUCUGGGGCCCAGCCCCCCAAUGCUCAGAGGCGCACGCCAGACUCUACCUUCUCAGAGACCUUCAAGGAAGGCGUUCAGGAGGUUUUCUUCCCCUCGGAUCUCAGUCUGCGGAUGCCUGGCAUGAAUUCAGAGGACUAUGUUUUUGACAGUGUUUCUGGGAACAACUUUGAAUAUACCCUGGAAGCUUCGAAGUCCCUGCGACAGAAGCCAGGGGACAGCACUAUGACAUACCUGAACAAAGGCCAGUUUUAUCCUGUCACCCUAAAGGAAGUGAGCAGCAAUGAGGGGAUCCACCACCCAAUCAGCAAAGUGCGGAGCGUGAUCAUGGUGGUGUUUGCUGAAGACAAGAGCAGGGAAGAUCAGUUAAGGCAUUGGAAGUACUGGCACUCCCGGCAGCACACAGCUAAACAAAGAUGCAUUGACAUAGCUGACUAUAAAGAAAGCUUCAAUACCAUCAGUAACAUUGAAGAGAUUGCUUAUAACGCCAUUUCUUUCACUUGGGACAUUAAUGAUGAAGCAAAGGUCUUCAUCUCUGUGAACUGCCUGAGCACGGAUUUCUCCUCCCAGAAGGGUGUGAAAGGCUUGCCUCUGAAUAUCCAGAUCGACACCUAUAGCUAUAACAACCGCAGCAACAAGCCCGUGCACCGGGCCUACUGCCAGAUAAAAGUCUUCUGUGACAAGGGAGCUGAACGGAAAAUCAGGGAUGAAGAAAGAAAACAGAGCAAAAGAAAAGGCAAGUGUACUGACCCCAGCUCCCAGUUGAAUGCCUUUCCCGAUGUGAAGGUGCCACCACUUCUCUCCCACAAGCGAAUGGACAUCACCGUGUUCAAGCCUUUUAUCGAUCUCGACACUCAGCCCGUCCUCUUCAUUCCCGACGUGCACUUCGCCAACCUCCAGCGGGGCACUCACGUCCUUCCCAUUGCCUCAGAAGAAUUGGAGGGUGAAGGGUCUAACUUGAAACGGGGACCUUAUGGGUCUGAGGAUGACUUUGCAAUCCCGCCCCCGGCAAAGCUGACCCGGCUAGAAGAACCAAAGAGAGUGCUGCUCUAUGUCCGGAAGGAGUCUGAGGAAGUCUUCGAUGCCCUGAUGCUCAAGACUCCGUCCCUGAAAGGCCUGAUGGAAGCUAUAUCGGACAAAUACGAUGUCCCCCAUGAGAAGAUUGGGAAGAUAUUCAAGAAAUGUAAAAAAGGGAUCCUGGUGAACAUGGAUGACAACAUCGUGAAACACUACUCCAACGAGGACACCUUCCAGCUGCAGAUCGAAGAGGCUGGGGGCUCGUACAAACUCACCCUCACCGAGAUCUAAGGGCCCGCAGCCCACACCUCCCAGUGAGAGAAGCGAAGACGCUCCGUGGGCUGACUGCAAAGCUGCAGGAGCCCUGGGCCA